AUGACUUCUAACGAGAUAGCCUCACUCAAGCCCAAGCAGAAGCGCCGACUUUACGAGCCCAUCGUCUUGUACAAAGCGCUGACCGAAAUCACCCACGAAGAGGGUGCUCUCAGGCAAACAGAAGCCCCCGACAGUCCAGCGACAGAAGAGAAAAAGUACCAUCAUUUUCUUCAUAGUAUAGCUAGUGUGUGCGACAGAAAGAAGCGAGGCACGACAGUUACUUCUGUGACGAUCCUCGAUGGAGAAGACAAGUUCACAUAUGCCUUUGGCUGUAAUCAGGUCUUUGGCAAGGACUUGCACGACACAAAAGAAUUCCUGACAUCUUUGUUGAAGAGGCUCUCAAGUUUUCAUUUACUCUCGAACGCGGAGCUGACGUCUGUUCGAAACGAGAUCUUUGAGAUGAUCCUGGGCUUUAACUCUCCCAGAAUCAAGUGUUAUCUUGAUACGCUACAGAAGAGCAUUGCCGAAUGUCUACUGUAUUGCCAGCGAAGUGACACCCAACCUGAUACUGAAGUUAGCAAAGGUUUAGGGAAUCUCAGCAUCGCAAUCGAGCAGACUACUUUCAGUGAAACAACUAAUACUCAAUAUCUUUCUUCUUUCACCAGCGUCCUAAAGGCCCUCAAGGCUUUCCUGACAUCACGAACAAAACAUUAUAUAGAGACCAGCGCCACAGCCGGCCGUAUCAGAGAUGGCAGAAGUUUCGAGUGCUGGUCAGAGUUAAGGCACGCCAUCUCGCGUCUCCGGAGCUACAAGAAAACAGUACAAUGCCUCAUCGACUCGGAGGAAGCAUGGCCAGAACUCUUCCAGGAGUUUGUCGUUGUCCCUAUUGAGUCCACCAAACCAGAUUCAAACCCCCUUGGAAGAAAAAGCGAAACUGCCCAUGGCAUUAUCGGCCGACUGUGCAGCGACCAAGCUUCAAUUGAAAGGUAUCGUGGUCUUGCCAGCAGCCUGGAGUUGUUUAGCCUGGAUGAUCGCAUCAAGACUCAGUGUACCAGAACGACGUUUAAGCCAUAUGUACACUCAGAAGUACUUGUUCUCGAAUGGGUAAUGACCCGGCCAGACGUCACUUUCUUUCAUGACUGGAAGUACAUAGGUAGUAGCAAAGGAGCUUGUCAGCUCUGUCGCUACUACUUUGAUGCUGUAGGCCAACACAACGACAUCAAGACGCGAUCGAGUCACGGUAAUCUCUAUGUCAACUGGCGAUUUCCCGACAUUAGGGAGCCCGAAAUGUCUUUUGGCAAGACCCGGCGACAAAAAAUCCUCAACUCCAUGAUGGAUAGGAUUCGAGAGGAUGCUUUUAGUAUCUUGGUUGAUAAGAGUUCCAUGGGCAAAAGGCACGAUUCGAGCACCCAUCCUCUGACCUCAGUAUUGUAUGCAAGCACCGAUAUUUGGACGGAUACAGGUGCUCGUGAGAUACCUGACAUUGAUGAAUUGGGUGAGCAAUUUUCCAAAGGACUUAGCUUGAAGUCGGUAAUCGAAACCACUGAGGAGUCGGACGCGGAUAACGAGGAUGGAGGGAUUAGUCUUGGAUGA